AUGUCCGACAACGAGCAGCAGCAGUGGCUCACGCUCUCCAUAACCCACAAGAAAGUAACCUACGAAUUCUCCUUCCCCGAAGAUGCGACCGUCACAGACCUCUUCAACGAAAUCGAAGCGAGCCUCGAUGUUCCCGUCGCAAACCAAAAGAUCAUCGCCCCGAAAACUCCUCUCCUCAAAGCGCCCUUCAAGAACCCCGAUAUGCCUCUCACAGACCUGAAGGGCAAACCCUUGACCCUCAUGGGUUCGCCGGCCGCAGAAAUACAGCAGGUUCAGGAUAUGGCGGAGCGCGUGGCCAAGCGCAAUGCCGCGAGAAUGGCGCAGAGGAGUAAAGCACGACAGCCGAUCACCCGUCGAAAGCCAGAAGAGUCGCAGUAUACAUUCCUCCAGGUUAAACCGCUAGCUGGUCUCCCAAAUCCAGAGCGCAGUCAGAAACUCCUCAUGCGCCUCAAAGAAGACCCCGGUAUUCGCGCCGCGAUGCUGAAGCACAAAUACACCGUCGGACUCCUUACAGAGAUGGAACCUCUUUCAUACACGCAGGAAACACACGAGGGAACAAGUCGAAUCUUGGGCUUGAACCGCAAUAAGGGCGAGGUGAUCGAACUGCGCUUACGAACCGAUGCGUACGAUGGGUAUCGCGAUUACAAAACCAUUCGCAAAACGCUAUGCCACGAACUGGCGCACAACAUCCACGGUCCGCACGACAGGAACUUCUGGGACUUGUGUCAUCAGAUCGAGCGGGAGGUUGAUGCUGCGGAUUGGAAAUCUGGCGGACAUACGAUUGGUGAGACGUCACGAUAUACUGUUUCUGGGACUGGCGACGAUGAGGAGGAUUAUCCUGAGGAUUUCGGCGGUUGGACGGGUGGCGAGUUUGUAUUGGGUGGUACAAAGACGGGCAAUCCUAGUGCUGGGAUGAGCAGGAGAGAAGUCCUUGCGCAGGCUGCUCUUGAGAGGCAGCGGAAACAGGUUGAGACGGAGCGGAAGGUGAUGGAGGAGCAAAGGCGACAGACGCCGCCUGGUGAUGAGUCCAAGUAA